AUGAAGACUCGACGUCGAAAAAUUUUACAACCCGCGAAACGUACCUUACUCAAUCUGUAUUUUUAUGCCUAUGAAUACAAAAUAAUCAACGAAUAUGAACAACAUUAUCAACAGGUAUUGAACGAAUUUGAAGUCAAAUUUGCUCAUUGUCCGAUCGUCUCGAAUUGGUUGACUCUUUUCCAUGCUGUACAAACCUAUCUAAAUGAUCGAACCCAUCACAUCAUUCACGAGACCAAUCAUAAAAUCAAACAUUUCCGUAAGAUCAUUGCUCGUCGUCGUCAACGUUCAUCAUUGGCUAAGAAAACGAUUGGUGUCUCUCCUCAACUGACCAUCGAUGUUCUUCAUCAUCCCUUCCAUGCGGAUGAACUGGUUCAUCUAUCUUUAGGUGAAAGUUAUAUUCGACCCAAUCAGAGUGCUCUUCGUCCAUAUAAACAUCGCAAGAGUCAAGUGAAAAAUGAACUGACUACUAUAAAAGGCAAAGUGAAACGUCAAUUGACCAACUAUUGUAAACGAGAACCACCAAAAGCGAUGAUGGAUCGAUACUCGGACCUUUUGGAUACUCGAUUAUGUCUACGUUUUAUGGCUCCCUUGUCUUUUGUUAAUCAAAUGCGGGCAGAACGAGAUCGAGCGAAAUCCAUUCGACGAAAAUUAAGAAAAGCGAAACUUAUUUUGCGUGUCUGUGACAAAGGUGGUGGUCUUCAUUUGAGUACGAAAAGUGAUCAUGAACGAAAAGCAGCCGAAUAUCGACCAGAAACCCAAGCCUACGUAGAAUUAUCUGACAAUCCAUUAGAAGAAUUAAUCACCAAUGUGACAAAAACAUUGAAAGAAUUGAAAGAUAAAAAACAACUUCCAUUGUAUCGUUACAAUCUUUUGGUACCCAAUCGAGACACUGUCAAACUAUCUUACAUGUCCUUCAAUCCCAAGGCACAUAAGGAAGGAACACCAUUACGACCUAUUAUGAAUACCAUUCAAGCACCAACACGAGCCAUUUCGGAUUUCUUAGAUCAACUCAUUCGACCCAUCUACAAUGAACAAAACAAAGCAAAUACCAUCAUUGAUGGUGUCAACUUGAUUAAACGUCUAGAAAAAUAUGUGGCUGAUGGUCAUCUCAAAGCUUCCACCCUUUUCUGUAUUUUUGAUAUCAAUAACUUGUUUACCAUGUUACCUCAAGAUGCAUCUAUCCAGAUUCUUGGUGAAUUUCUUCGUGAACAUGUCCGUGGAAGUGUCAAAAGUCUAUCGGUGACGACCAUUCAAAAAUCAGCAGAAAUUAUAUUGAAAGAAAAUGCUUUUGUUUGCCACAACCAAUUCUAUAAACAAGUCGUGGGUGGUGCCAUGGGUUCACCCUUCACUUUAACCUUGGCCAAUAUCUUUGUGUGGCAUUGGGAAAAACGACGGGUCCAACGACAAAAUAACCGCAACGAAAUCUUUGGUCGAUAUGGAAUUCUACAUACAUCCGUCUAUCACAAACCUUCAGCUGAACCUUAUAGUGUACCAUUUCUUUCGGAUCAUCCUCGAUAUACUUUUCCAAAUAUCAUUCAAACGGCUCUUGUUCGAGCUGUACGAUAUUCUUCGACUUUCGAAGCAUUUAAUCAUGAACGACGUGUUGUAGAAUUAAUGUUAUUAUACAAUGGUUAUCCAACCACCUAUAUUGAUAAACAGUUUCGAAAAGUUUUCGCAACCUUCGACAAUGAAGAAGAUCUAAUGCAACAUGAACAAAAAGCUGAACAUACUUAUGCCAAUCAAACCUCUCUAUCAAUGAUAGAUCGUGCACGUUAUACGUACAUUGAACAUCUAAAAGGAGCACCGAAGAAAGUAUCAGUUGAGCAAAGGGCUCGCCGGAUGCAAAAUAACGAAAGACAUAACUCAUCAACGAGUAGCGAUGAAGACGAAUCAGAAUAUUAUUUUAAACUUGAACAAAAUCAAGAACUAGAAGAUCUAAAAGCUGAAGAAAUCAAGAAUGCAAUUAAUAGUUACGAUGAUGCUGAAUUUGAUACAAAUUUAACAAAUGACAGUUAA